AUGAUACAUGAUAGUAUAAUUUUAAGGCGAUGCUAUAAAAACAUGUCAGGUUUACUACGAAACAUGAGUAAUAUAGCACAGAAUGCUUUAGUGGAGUCUUCAAUAAAGAAAAAAUUGGUAGAGUCUUUAAAUCCAUUUCACAUUGAAGUAAUAAAUGAGUCAUAUAUGCAUAAUGUUCCUAAAGGAUCUGAAACACACUUUAAAGUAAUUGUUGUUUCUGAUGCCUUCAAAAAUGUACCUCUUAUUAAGCGCCAUCGAAUGGUGAAUGAAUUAUUGCAAGCAGAAUUAGAAGGUGGUGUACAUGCGUUAUCAAUUGUUGCAAAAGCACCCGAUCAAUGGAACGAGAAGACUGAUAUAACUCCAAGUCCAGCUUGCAAAGGUGGUUUUGGAAGAUGA